AAUGAAGGAAACAGGAAGUGAGUUUUUAAAAGUGCUCAAGAACUGGCUCUCCAUUACUCUCUCUUCAAACAAAGAAAAACUUUGAGAGAGAAAGAAAACUGGGCAGAAAGUUAACAGCCAAAGCAUCUGGUGUGCUAUUUGUCAUCCCCGGUGCAGCACAUUCUUGGGAUAUUUACAGUCACAGGAUAUUUCAACUUACAGCAGUGGUGUCAGGAGGCAGACAUCUGUUUGUUCUGAACUUUACGUUAAAAUACUCUUGUAAAAUGGCAUGUGAAGGAACUGCAAACGAUGAGCAAAUUACAGAAGCCAUCAUGAUGAGGGUUGUAAAGGAUGAGCUGAAGGAAGUGAAGGCAGAGAUAGUGCCCCCUCUUCCUGAGCAAAAGCCUCUGGAUGCCAAAGAUGAGAUCCUGACAUCCCAGCUGGCUCAAACAAUCAAAAUCAUUGGGGAUGAUCUUGUGAAGCAUAAAACCCUGAAUGACACGAUAGAUGGGUUUGCCAAAAAAAUCCUUGGAAACCCGAAAGACAAAGGAAUUUAUCAAAAGCUGGUUAUGCAGGUGUUUGCUGAUGGAAACAUCAACUGGGGAAGGAUUGUUGUUUUAUUCUACACUAUAGCAAAGCUGUCUGGAAAGAUGUUGUUGGCUCAUUUGCCUGGACCGGUCACAGAAAUGAUCUCCUGGACUCUCAAUUACUUCAAGGAGCACUUACUAAGCUGGGUCCUCAAGAUGGGAGGAUGGAUAUGUAGCAUUGCUACAAUUGCAUUAUACCGAGUGGAGACUGUAUCACGCCCUUCCAAGCCCAAGUCAGAUCAUGCUAUCGCCAUCUCAUAUUUCAUCAGUGGGAUCAUCCUUGGUGGCUUCCUUGUCUUCUGGUUAAAGUUAAAGAGUACAUAAGGUACUGCGAGUAAUGUAAAGGGGGGAGAAGAUGGUGAGCAGCAGGCUGUAGCUUUAAAAUCAGGUAAUUUCAGGUAAAAUCAGGUCAAUCUACCCAUGUCCCAUCUACUGUACCUCUGAGUAUUUUAUUAUUGUUAUUGUUGUAAGCAUGAAUCAGGUAUCAAUUCAGGGUUAACAAAGACAUUGUAUUAUAAACUGUAUUGUAUUGUAUUAUGAGUAUAUAUGUUUUAUAUCACAAAUAUAUUUCUUAUCCAAAUUAAUGCAUACCUGUUGUACUUGUUUAUGAUUCAUCUGAAUUUCUUAAAGGCAUGCCCUUGGUGUUUGGUGGCUUUGUAACUCUACUGGUACUGGUAUUGCCAUCACACAACUAAGACUUCCAUGUUCAGUCACCUGUUGGUACGAUUCAUGUCAUUGGGCAGCUAACCUUUCCUUUGCUCUCCCCUCUGAUACUGUGCUCUUUGCAUAAAAGCCCUUUGAUGGCGAUGAAGGUGUUGACUCUCUCUGUCUGCAGUCCUGAACCUCACGCCUCCUCUCUGGCACGCCACGCUCCCAGGUGGACACGGAAUCUCGCUAGGAAAACAUACUUCCUCUUUCUCGGAGUCAAAUGACUGCAUGGAUGCAAAAAAGCACCCAUCCUCUCUCUCUCUCUCCCCCCUCUUUUCUUUCAUGCUCUCCCUCUUCGCAGGUGUGACAAGGUUAUCUCGUGAGGGGUUGAAAGUGAGGGCCGGAAAGGGGCCGUGGUCAGAAAUCAGAGGGGGAAGCUGUAGAGUCAAACAGGCCUGCCUCACAUGGAGAUGUAACCUUCCACUGUGGGCAAAGGUGGUGACUGCCGGCAGGAGACAUGUGGAAAUAAGAUACUUCCUAUCUCUGAUACAGAAUUGAAAAAAAAUAGAAUCACCCGCAGAAGAUCGCUAGAGUUUCAGGAUUUGUGCAUGAGUAAUGGAGAAGGGCUAUGAGAAACAAGAGGUGCAAGAGCAAUGCAAACAACACAUUUAGACUAAGAUCAAGACAGAAACUUCCAGAAUGACAUUUCUGUGCAGGAAUCACUAGGGUGAAAUUGGCUAUUGAAAUUGUGUGACUCAUUUAUGACUGUGAUGCUGAAGAGCUUUGUUUCCAUCUGUGGCAGUGUAGAGGGAAAAAAUGAUCAAGUUCGAGCACAACAAUAUGCCAUUCUCUCCCACUUGCCAUUUGUCAAAAUUACCUCCUUGACACAGAUUGAAAAAAAUGAAAUGCAAAAGUGACCGACUCACUGACCAAAGACAGCCUGCUAUUUUCCCUCUUGAUUCUACUUUCAUCUUCCUCUACUCAACUUUAUUUCUGAACAGAACGGGGUGGGGGUGGGGAUAAAAAGUUGUUUUGAUGCACUGUACAGUUGAGGAUUCUAGCCUUUGUCAUCUCCAACCAGACACAGAGCUCUCUGCUUCACCCAUCACCUCCCCAGCAUCCUGCUGUUCCAAGUGGGCCCCCUGUCACAUUUCCGAAACGACGUGAUGAUCUCAAGUAUUACUGGCACUCCGUGCUCCCUUACAGUGGACAGAUUUGCUUCUAUAUUAGGGGUCAUUUGGCGAACCUUUACGGUCUCUGUAACAACAGGGGGCCAAAUGAUGCCCUUUGGAAGGGAAAUGUGUUGUGGCAUUGUCUGCUUUAAUCUUUUGACUGCAUUUUGAAACACCAUGCAGAUUCGUAAAGCGAGUGUGGGUGCGUGCUUGCCGAGUGCAGUUGAUGUGGCAGGGAUGGCAGUCAACGAUGCCUGUGGACAGUGUUUGGUGGUGGCCGUCCCAAAACGCCCUGUUUUCUUCCCCAAUGCGCCACCAUCAAGAGAGACGGUUAUAUUAAGCUCAGAGGGCUGACAUUCUGUCAUGCUGGUGGCCAUCAACAUCUCGGGCUCCAUCUUUGAUGUUUCGAAGCAGAUGAAAAGGAAGACAGAACACAAACAAGGGGCACUGACGAGAAGUUUACAAGAGAAGAAAAAAAAAAGAUAUAUUUAAGUGUCUCCUGGUUUCCCCUAUGUAAAUGUGUUCAUGUGCGGUGGAUUCAGUGUGAGAGAAAGUGGAGACCAUUGAGACCACAGGAGGAUAUCAGUGGCUUCUUUUGAUCAUGGCGUUGCAAGAGGGCUGGUUUCUUUGCGGAGAUGAUUCUAUGCCACCACAUCAGCCAUGCCUAAAGAGGAACAGCGGAUAUACCGGAUGAUACUGCAUUUAUAACUCGCUCAUCUUUUCCCUUGGCUGAUUGCACACUGUAUGUUUUUUUCUCUCUUUAUGUGUUGCACAUGCUUUUUCCAUUAAAAGCAUGAUUCCUUCA